UUCGAUCCUCAAUCAGUGACAAUUAAAAUAAGCAAACAGAUGGAAAAAGGACUCGUUGAAUGUGUGUUACGAACGCAGUCAAGUGCCACGCAGUGAUAUUAUUCGCGAUCGUGGGUGAUUUCUGUACAGCUGAAUAGCAGUGGGUGAUAUUGAUGGGUGGUAGACAUCUUGCCCGUACUUUCUACUCUAACUGUACACGAAUGUUCGAUUGCGGGCCUGAAUGUUGCGAUUGCUUCACCGACGGUUCUUUCUUACAGAGUUGUGCUAAUUGGUGCUAAAGUCUUGAGCCACAUGAUCUCUCGCAUAAGACGAGGUCCUAUUGGUACAGGCAAUUCUGAAAUCAAAACGACAACAGCGGAAGCAAACAGUUUGUGGUGUGUGAAUGAGGAGGGUUGGGGCACUGGGCAAUUACUGCAAUACGAAGCCAGCGAAAAUCGAAAGAUUUCCAAUUCGAAAACAAACGCAAGACGAGCCACAUCAAAAUACUUUUGCAGUGUGCAGCAGCUGCAAUACUAGAAACAAAAACCCCGCAACAAUUUAAACAACGCGAGAAAAACAUUCGACAAGAAAAUGAUUAAACCACGACGAUCGGGUGCCGCCCGGGGUUACGAGGAGAUGGACGGUUCCAAUGUGCCCAGCUACGGGGCGGCUCGGAAUGGAACGAGUCCACCGCCAGGAGUAACCAACGGCGAAACAGAUCCGUCCAGUCCGAUCAACAAUGGUGGUGCCCCGCCUGAAUUUGAGCUGGCCUCGGUUAGCGUAGUGCCGGACGAUACCUUCACCGUAACGCAGGCCGUCAAUGCGCUCGGGUUCGGUUGGUUCCAGGUGAAACUGUCGCUCUGUGUGGGUCUCUGCUGGAUGGCUGAUUCGAUGGAGAUGACCAUUUUGAGUGUACUGGGGCCGGCGCUGCACUGUGACUGGGGCAUUACGCGAUACCAGCAGGCGUUGGUGACUACUGUUGUGUUUUUGGGUAUGAUGUUGAGUUCGACAUUUUGGGGGCACCUCAGUGAUAGGUACGGGCGGAAGCCGGCUCUAACCCUUUGCGGCGUUCUGUUGUUUUUGUAUGGAUUGUUGAGCUCUGUUGCACCCAGUUUUGGGUGGCUUCUGCUUUUACGGGGUCUAGUUGGAUUUGCCAUUGGUUGUGUUCCUCAAUCCGUUACCCUGUAUGCGGAAUUCCUACCUACAAAACAGCGCGCCAAGUGCGUUGUGCUAUUGGAUUGUUUCUGGGCGCUGGGGGCAUGCUUCGAAGUGGCACUAGCUCUGGCCGUAGGUCCCAAUCUCGGAUGGCGUUGGUUGUUGGGUCUUUCGGCAGCCCCGCUAUUUGCAUUCGCCGUCAUUACUCCAUGGCUACCGGAAUCGGCACGCUAUCACGUUACCAGUGGACAAAGUGAUAAGGCGCUCACUACUCUCGAGCAGAUUGCCAAAGACAACAAACGACCGAUGCUGCUGGGUCGGCUUGUAGUGGAGGGACCAAGUGGGUCCCGUGGCAGUGUGAAAGCAUUGCUAGGUAGCUCGCUUAGACGAACCACACUGCUGCUGUGGUUUAUCUGGAUGUCCUGUGCGUUUUGCUACUACGGGCUGGUGCUGAUGUCCACUGAGUUGUUCGGUGGGAAGAAUAAAACAAUUGUACCGGAAACGGAGAACGAUUGUCAUCCGUUGGCCACCACCGACUACAUGGAUUUGCUGUGGACUACGCUGGCUGAGUUUCCGGGUAUUUUCGCCACUAUCUAUGUGAUUGAGCGAUUCGGACGUAAGAAGACGAUGGCGCUGCAAUUUCUGUUGUACGCGGCAUGCGUUUUGAUGAUCACCGUCACCGAUGUGCGAGUCUUUCUUACCAUCAUCCUGUUUAUGGCCCGAGGUAUUAUUGCGGGUCUGUUUCAGGCAGCGUACGUUUACACACCGGAAGUAUAUCCCACGGCAUUGCGUGCGGUUGGAGUGGGAGGUUGUUCUGCACUGGCACGGUUAGGGGCAAUGGCGACGCCCUAUAUUGCACAAGUUCUGUUCCAAACGUCGAUAUGGAGUGCUGUGUCGGUGUACGGGUUCUUUGCCGUUUGCGCCAGUGUAGCCUGCAUAAUGCUACCCUACGAAACAAGGGGUGCCGAUAUGGCCCAGUAGAAACAAUUGAUAUUCGUUGAUGAUUAACGAUGGCAACGAACAAACCAUACAAAUACUCCUUGAGACUCGUGCAUGCAGACACAGAGAUACCUUUUCGAAGAAAAGAAACGUGACAGCGUUUGUUAUACUCCAUUCCUGAGCUAAGUUUUUGUUUUGCAAUUGUUAACCGAACAAAUUGAUUGACAGAUUUUAGAUAGUGUGUAUUUUGUGUGUGUAUAUAUACAAUUAUUUAUUUAUUCA